AUGGACGAAUGGCGCCGAUGGGAGGUGGAGCUGAAAGAACUUCCUGCAAAGCAUCAAGAGCUAGUUCGACAGGCAAUGACGGUCGCCCGGCUGACAAUCGUGCGAGGCGGAACUACGAUGAAUGUCUUUAUCUCGCAUACAAGAAGGGCAAACGACAUCGACAACAAUGUAUCUAGCGACAACGACGCUGCUGCUCCAUCCGCCAAAGGUGACACAGUGCGAAAUGACAAAGAUGACGCAUCUCGUAAUACCGAAGAUGAUGCAACUCAUGAUACCGACGGUGAUGCAGCUCGUAUUGGUGUUCGUGAUACCCCACGUAACGCCGGUAUUGAUGCCACUCGUGAGUUUACUCGUGAUGUCGACGAUGAUGCUUCUCGCAACACUGCUCGUAGGAUGCCAAAGCUGCCGCCGCUUGUGAUACUGUUCGACGUGCCAAACGUGAUGCCAACGGUAACGCCGAUCGUAGUACGGCAAGUGACACCGAACGGGGCUUGA